AUGGAGUCAAACGAAAACACUCCAACAUGUGAAUUAACAAUUUCUAAACGAGACGAAUAUUGUUGCGUGCCUUUAUGUAAUGGGAAUGCUAGAAUUCACCAUGAUCUCAGUUUUCAUCAUAUUCCUAAGAAGCUAGAGAUGCGGAAGAAAUGGCUCGUUGCUAUACGACGCGACGAAGGACCCCAGUUCAAGAUAGGAAAUAACACUGUCGUUUGUUCGAGGCAUUUUAAUGAAUCGAACUUUAGAUCCACUUUAGUAAGAAAGUGUCUGAAAGCUGAUGCUGUCCCAUCUGUAUUUCCGUGGACCCAGAAUGCACCUCCUAGAAAACCUCCUAGAGAACGUCACCACUUACCUCAAAGUAGGAAAUUCUCAGAGAACUUCCAAAAUGGACAACCAUGCAGGAUGCAAGUUAAAAGUGGAAGAACUUCAGGAAAUAAUACAGAAAAAGAAUGA